CAGUGCAGCGACACACAGACACAGAGAGAGAGACAGAGACACGGACGCAGCCAUGAGCACCACACCGGGACAGACGUACGACGUGAUCGUGGUCGGUGGAGGAAUAUCAGGUUUAUGUGCAGCCAAGCUGUUGAAAGCUCACGGGCUGAGUCCUGUGGUGCUGGAGGCCAGGGAUCGCGUCGGCGGUCGUACCUUCACUGUUCAGAAUAAGGAGACAAAGUGGGUCGAUCUGGGCGGGGCUUAUGUCGGACCAACUCAGAACCGCAUCCUCCGAUUGGCCAGAGAAUACAACGUAAAGACCUACAAAGUCAACGAGGAGGAGAACCUGGUGCAUUACGUCAAUGGAAAGUCGUACUCGUUCAAAGGUUCAUUUCCUCCCAUGUGGAAUCCUUUCAUCGUGCUGGACAUGAACAACCUGCUGAGGACAAUGGACCAGAUGGGACAAGAGAUUCCCAGAGAGGCUCCGUGGAGAGCUCCUCACGCCGAGGAGUGGGACAAGAUGACCAUGCAGGAGCUCUUCAACAGGAUCUGCUGGACCCGCACCGUUCACCAGUUCGCCAAACUCUUCGUCAACGUGAACGUGACGUCAGAACCUCACGAGGUGUCGGCUCUGUGGUUCCUCUGGUACGUGAAGCAGUGUGGAGGAACCAUGAGGAUCUUCUCCACCAGCAAUGGAGGACAGGAGAGGAAGUUCGUGGGCGGCUCCGGUCAGAUCAGCGCGUGCAUGGCGAAGGAGCUCGGAGAGCGAGUGAAGCUUCAGUCUCCGGUUUACAGGAUCGACCAGACUGGAGACGCCGUGGUGGUGGAGACGGUGGACAGACAGACCUACAAGGCCAAGUACGUGAUUGUGGCGACCCCUCCUGGCCUGAACCUGAAGAUGCACUUUAACCCCGAGCUGCCGCCGCUGAGGAACCAGCUGAUCCACCGCGUGCCCAUGGGUUCCGUCAUCAAGUGCAUGGUUUACUACAAAGAAAACUUCUGGAGGAAAAAAGGUUACUGUGGCAGCAUGGUGAUCGAGGACGAGGGCGCCCCCAUUGGUCUGUCACUGGAUGACACAAAGCCUGAUGGGAGUGUUCCUGCCAUUAUGGGAUUCAUCCUCGCAAGGAAGUGCAGGAAACUGUGUGAUCUGAGCAGAGAGGAGAGGUUGAAGAAAAUCUGUGAGAUUUACUGUAAAGUUCUUGGAUCAGAGGACGCUCUGCACCCGGUUCACUACGAGGAGAAGAACUGGAGCGAGGAGGAAUAUUCUGGAGGCUGCUACACCGCCUACUAUCCACCAGGGGUCCUCACACAGUUUGGCAGAGUUCUGAGGGAGCCUGUGGGCAAGUUAUAUUUCGCAGGAACAGAAACAGCCACAGAAUGGAGCGGUUACAUGGAAGGAGCUGUUCAGGCUGGAGAGAGAGCGGCCAGAGAGGUCUUGUGUGUGCUGGGUAAACUCCCUCAGAGUCAGGUGUGGCAGUCAGAGCCUCAGAGUUUGGAGGUGCCGGCGCUCCCGUUUGUCACCACCUUCUGGGAGAGGAACCUGCCGUCAGUGGGCGGCUUCCUCAAGCUUGUGGGCGUCUCCAGCUUCCUGUGCGGAGUCACCGGCGCCGCCCUGCUGGCGCACAAGAAGGGUCUGCUGCCGCGCAGCUAAGCCGCUAACGCUAACACCACGAGUGCUCCACACUGCCACGCGGUGGCGGCUGUGAGCAGUGCGGCAGGUUUUUAAGAGGAAACGUCCGAGAGACUGUGGAGCUCACACGUGGUCAUGAUGACGUCAAUCUGACUCAGAUUAAAAUAAUCCAUUCAAACUAAUCAUAGGAAUUUAAACAUAUGAGACCAUUAAUAUUCCACAUUUUUGCCAAUGACAUUUCCAUUCUUGAUCACAUGAGAGUUUGUUAACUCGCUGUGUGUGUGUGUGUGUGUGUGUGUGUGUGUGUGUGUGUCUGCUGAUUUUAGGUGCUGAUUUCCUCUGCAUUAGCAGUUGUAGCUGUUGAUAAAUCAGAGAUUAAAAGAGGAGAAAAUUAGAACUCUAACUGUCGACUAAUCCCAUAAAACUCAGCAGUGAAAUAAUCUGUGUCUCUUGUAACGUCUCUGCACCUAAUAAAUGUGUCAUUUGUGUAAAAUAAUCCCAGAUCUUGGCUCUGCCGAGUGACAAAUGAUUUUAAUGUUUGUUGUUGUGUAGAAAUCAGCUGACGUGAGAUCAUCACGUCAACAAAUCCAGACAGAAAUCCAUGUGAAAUUAUAAAAACAAUAUGAUGUCAAACAUUC